UUAGCAGCUAAUAAUAGGCGAUGUUUGCAAAGUAAUUUGCCUCUUCCUUGGCCAAUGGGAGUCGGAGCACUUUUCCAUCAAACCUCCCUUUUCAGGAUUUGCCGAGAGGCGAACUUCUCCAAAUGUUAAUCGGAGUUAGACUUGACACGGACGGACUGCAGACUGUUAGGCUUUCUACUACUACUCCUCCUCCUUCUACCACAGAUACUACGGCUCCCCUCUGAGACGCAGUUUCACCAACUCUCGGGACGAAUGAAGACUGAAGGAUCUAUACGGAUUUCGGCGCAUAAUGUCGGGAUGGAGUUUGGAGACUUGUUUGGCUCCGCGGAAGAGUAGAAGAGCGAGUUUGUCGCCGGUAGCGCUGGAUGCGCUCCACGUCUAUGUUGGAUUACAGCCGUGUUUUCUGAACUCCAAGCAUCGAUUCCCCUCCGCAUCGCUCCGCAUCGCUCCUAACACCCUUGUUGGACUAUGGCCUCGGAUCGCGGGGUCUCAGGGUCCGGCGUCUUUGGAGAUUUACCCCCAAGUUAUAUGCGCUCCCCUCCGCCUGCGCACCCAGACCUGCAGCGCAGACCCAGCUAUUGUCACGCCGCUUUCGCACUUAAACAGAUCUCAAAGGGAAAGGCAGUAGGUCAGAAAGCUCCUCUGUGGAUCCGGGCGAGGUUCCAGGCCUUCCUGUUCUCUCUGGGCUGCCGCAUCCAGAGGCACUGCGGGAAGGUCCUCUUUAUCGGACUCUUGGUGUUCGGGGCUCUGUCUGUGGGACUCCGGGUGGCAGCCAUCGAAACCAACAUCGAGCAGCUGUGGGUGGAAGCUGGCAGUCGGGUGAGCACAGAGCUUCGGUACACCAGGGAGAAGCAGGGAGAGGAGUCAGUGUUUACCUCACAGAUGCUCAUCCAGACCCCCAAAGAAGAGGGCACUAACAUUUUAACGCAGGAGGCUUUGCUAGUUCACAUGGAGGCCGCAUUGUCCGCCAGCAAGGUGCAGGUGUCGCUAUUUGGAAAAUCCUGGGAUCUCAACAAAAUAUGCUACAAAUCAGGUGUUCCUAUUAUAGAACAUGUCAUGAUUGAAAGGAUGAUUGACAAGCUGUUCCCAUGUAUGAUAAUCACCCCGUUGGACUGUUUCUGGGAAGGGGCUAAACUACAAGGAGGAUCUGCCUAUUUACCAGGCAUGCAGGAUAUCCAGUGGAUGAAUCUUGAUCCUGUCAAACUGAUGGAAGAACUGGGCCAGUACACAUCCCUAGAAGGUUUUAAAGAGAUGCUGGACAAGGCCCAGGUGGGACAUGCCUAUAUGGAUAGGCCAUGCCUUGACCCGUCAGACCCCGACUGCCCUACAACUGCUCCCAAUAAAGAACAGGAAGAAAGUCUGGACAUUGCUGAGCGUCUCCAGGGUGGAUGCCACGGCUUCAGCCAGAAGUUCAUGCACUGGCAGGAGGAGCUCAUCCUUGGAGGGCGGGUCAAAAGCAGCCAGGAAACUCUACUAAGUGCUGAGGCUCUCCAAACCAUGUUCCUGUUGAUGAGUCCAAAGCAGCUCUACGAACACUUCAAAGAUGACUACCUGAUCCACGACAUCAACUGGAAUGAGGAUAAGGCCACCGCCAUCCUCGAGUCCUGGCAGAGGAAGUUUGUGGAGGUGGUCCAUCAGAGUAUUCCUGAUAACUCCAGUCAGUCCAUCCAUGCCUUCUCCACAACAACCCUCAAUGACAUCAUGAAGUCCUUUUCUGACGUCAGUGUUAUCAGGGUGGCUGGAGGAUACUUGCUCAUGUUGGCCUACGCCUGUGUGACGAUGCUGAGGUGGGACUGUGCCAAGUCGCAGGGGGCUGUUGGACUGGCAGGGGUGCUUCUUGUAGCUCUGUCAGUAGCUGCUGGACUGGGUCUCUGCUCUCUCAUCGGCCUCUCUUUCAAUGCUGCAACCACACAGGUGCUUCCCUUCCUCGCACUAGGGAUUGGUGUGGAUGACAUGUUUCUGUUGGCUCACUCCUUCACAGAGACAGGAAGUAAUAUCCCGUUUAAGGAGAAGACAGGAGACUGCUUGCGUCGCACCGGCACCAGCGUGGCUCUAACUUCCAUAAACAACAUGAUUGCAUUCUUCAUGGCUGCCCUGGUGCCCAUCCCAGCGUUGCGAGCAUUCUCUCUGCAGGCGGCCAUUGUGGUGGUGUUUAAUUUCGCCAUGGUGCUGCUCAUCUUCCCUGCCAUUCUCAGCUUGGACCUCCACCGGCGUGAGGACAAGCGCUUGGACAUCCUCUGCUGCCUAUACAGCCCCUGCGCCGAUCGCGUCAUUCACCUCUCGCCAAAUGAGCUGUCAGAAAGCGGCGAGCAGUCUCACGUGCCCGGGGCGGGGGUGUCGCAUGCACACCAGUACGCCGCUGGUCCAACGAUCACCACCAGCACCCAGAUCACCACCACCGUGCAGGCGUUUACACAGUGCGACUCGGCUGGCCAGCAUAUUGUCACAAUUCUGCCACCGACUUCUCAAAUCUCAACAAGCACUCCCUCCAUCAUUGUUUGCCCAACCACACAGACUCAAGGUGUCUCACCUUCUCCAACCACAUCUGUGCCAGACCCCUACGGCUCCCAGCUCUUCACCCCGACCUCAAGCUCAACGCGGGACCUCCUAGCCCAGGUGGAAGAUUCCAAAUCAGGGAAAAAGUGUGUCCCAUUCCUCUUCCUCCACUGGAACCUUUCUAUCUUCGCCCGGGAAAAGUAUGCCCCGCUCCUCCUGAAGCCCAAGAGCAAAGUUGCAGUUGUGGUCCUCUUCCUUGGGCUUCUGAGUCUCAGUCUAUAUGGAACUACCAUGGUGCACGACGGCCUCUAUCUGACUGACAUCGUGCCCCGCGACACCAAGGAGUAUGACUUCAUCGAUGCGCAGUUUAAGUACUUCUCCUUCUACAACAUGUACCUGGUGACCAUGGAUGGCUUCGACUACGCCAGAUCUCAGAGGCUGCUGAUUCAGCUGCACAACGCCUUCAACUCUGUCAGAUACGUGGUCCGAGACGAAAACAACAAGCUGCCCCGUAUGUGGCUGCACUACUUCCAGGACUGGCUAAAAGGCCUCCAGGAUGCUUUUGACGCUGACUGGCAGGCAGGCCGGAUUACUGCUGAUAGCUAUAGGAACGGCACAGAAGACGGAGCCCUGGCAUACAAACUGCUCAUCCAGACAGGCUCCAAGAAGGAGCCUUUUAACCACAGCCAGCUAACUUCUCGCCGACUAGUGGAUGAUGAGGGUUUGAUUCCCCCGGAGGUGUUUUACAUUUACCUGACGGUGUGGGUCAGUAAUGAUCCUUUGGGCUAUGCUGCAUCUCAGGCCAACUUCUACCCUCACCCCAGAGAGUGGAUUCAUGACAAGUACGACACCACAGGAGAAAAUCUGCGCAUUCCAUCAGCAGAGCCCCUGGAGUUUGCUCAGUUUCCUUUCUAUCUGAAUGGCCUUCGCCAGGCAAGCGAUUUCGUAGAGGCCAUCGAAAGUGUGCGUGCAAUCUGCGACGAGUUCAGCCGCAAGGGCGUGCUGAACUACCCUAACGGAUACCCUUUCCUGUUCUGGGAGCAGUACAUCGGCCUCCGUCACUGGUUCCUGCUGUCAAUCAGUGUUGUGCUGGCCUGUACCUUCCUGGUCUGCGCCAUUCUCCUGCUCAACCCCUGGACGGCUGGCAUCAUUGUGUUUAUCUUGGCCAUGAUGACCGUGGAGUUGUUUGGCAUCAUGGGCCUGAUUGGCAUCAAGCUCAGUGCCAUUCCUGUGGUCAUCCUGAUCGCGUCGGUGGGCAUCGGAGUGGAGUUUACCGUCCACAUCGCUUUGGGCUUCCUGACAGCGAUUGGCAACAGGAACAAGCGGUCAGCAGUGGCCCUGGAACACAUGUUCGCCCCGGUUGUGGAUGGCGCAAUCUCCACGCUGUUGGGUGUUCUCAUGCUGGCAGGAUCGGAGUUUGACUUCAUCAUGAGGUAUUUUUUUGCCGUCCUCGCCAUUCUGACUGUUUUGGGGAUGCUGAAUGGCUUAGUCCUCCUCCCAGUCCUCCUCUCCAUGAUGGGCCCUCCAGCUGAGGUCACCCCGGUCGACAAUGCCAGCUGCCUGCCAACACCUUCCCCUGAGCCCCCGCUGCCUCCUCCAAUGGCUCACCAUGGCUACCUCACAGCCCAUAACCCUCCGCGCUCGUCUCGGCAGCAGGCGUUUUCUGACUCGUCUGACUCGGAAUAUUAUUCCGAAUUGACAACGACAUCUGGGAUUGGGGCGGAGGAGGAUUACAAGUACUGUGACAGGAGCUCUUACCAAACUUCGCACAUGGCAGCUCCGCCUGCAACAUCUCAUAUACUGGUGGAAGCCAGCAAGAACCCAAGCUUCCCUAAACUUACGGUGCUGAAGCCGUUUAGAGAAAACGCAGCAGGUGGGAGGGUUCAACCAUUGUGUGAAUCCACCCACAAUCUGCAGCCACCUCCACCUCCUGGUAACCAGGGGACCUGCUGGGAUGGAAACAGACGGGAGCAGCAGGGUGACCUCCAGAGACUGCAGGCUCAGUCAGCUUCAUGCUUACCCAGCGACAAAGCUCAUUUUCCUGGGAGGACUUGUCAAAGUGGCCCCAGGCUGCAGAACAGCAGAGGGCCUCAGCCAAAUAGGACUAAAGGGCCGAAUUACGGUCAUGGCAACUCUUCACUGCCAAUGCAACAAGGCCUUACUGGGGGCGCCGUCACCAUGGUCACAGCCACGGCCUCUGUCACAGUGGCUGUGCACCCGACCUUACCGGGGGCUGCCUAUCAAGGAUACAUGCAUGAAGGUUUUGACAUGGACAGCGAGUCAGACUGUUUUGAAGCUGCUAAUAGGACUCCUAGUGACAAAACAAAAUAUUCUUCAUGCAAUAGAGACUCUCUAGAGCUCCAAGACUUGGAGGCAACACAGGUCCAGACAGAAUAUCAACAAGGCAAGUCACAAGGUGGGCUUCGGAUCCAGGCAUCCAAAGACUGCUAAAGAUCCACUCACAGUGGCAUUCUCACUUCAAGUCUCUGGAUCCCAGAGCACCUUGACCUCCUUACUGUGUCUCGAACUCUCAUUUGUACAUAGGCUUCACGUUCAAAAAAGAAAAGAAGACGAGAGGAUUCACUUUAAGGACAUGAAAGAAAAUUACUUGUUUUAAGAGUUAUAUAAAUCUAUGAGUAUAUAUAUUUUAAUACUAAAAAAAAGAGGGAAGCUAUUUAAAAGAGUACGGUGUAACUUGGGUAUACUCUUAUGUCAGAUGUAAAAGAUUAUUUCCAUGUGGGGUUGUGGAUUUGUUUUCUGUCCCACUGUGUAUAGAAUAAGAAAUGUUCUAUAUGUUUUCACAGAAAAGUGAGAUUCUAUUAAGGUAUUAGAGUAUUGAACAUACAUGGUCAGUGUUUUAUUUCUAUUUGUGUUAUUAUGUUUUUUUUCUUUUCGUUUUUUUUUGCUGCUACACUUCCUAUGUUAUUUUUUAGGCAAUUUGCCUUAAAAAGUGCAGUCCCCCUGCCCCACCCCCUUUUCUUCCACAGUAUUACACUAUAAAUCCUUUGUCAUACACAGUCUGUCAAUGCAAGUUGCAGAAACUUGCACAGCAGAUACUCUUUUCCAAGCAACAGUAACCGUUGUGCCUUCAGUGUGUUGCCCACCUCACCCCCCCCCACCUUCUCACUACCCCAGCAGUUAAUGGUCAGUAUUAAGUUUUCCUUUUAGGUGCUAAACUUUGCUUUUAAUUAUGGAAAGCAAACACUCCUUUCUCAUGUUUGCAUCCUCAACAUCCUCUGCAGUUUUAAUUUACUUGAAGGAGCUCUGAUAAUUUAUGUUUAUUUCUUCAGCAGUUUUGUAAGCUCAUAUAUGGGGCGGGGGCGGGUGUUUUAGUCACUUUUACGUCAAAGUGUUGUUCAACUUACGGUUUAUAUAUCAAAAAGGGAAUUUUAAAAUGCAAAGGGAGUUAUUCUAUUUGAUUAGUUCCCCCUUUUUAAAGUUGUCUCAGUGUCCUGUCACUGUGACUCAAGCAGUUCAGUCAAACUUCGGUGCCUCCAACUCGCUUUGACUCGCUUUCUAAUAGCUUUGUUGUUGUUGUUUUUUUUUUUGCUAAAACAGAGAUAAAGCUUCAUCGUUCAGUAUUGGUCUCAUCACUGCCAGGUUAUACUGCAGGGAUAAACAUGCAGAUCUUUUGGUGGGGGUUUUGUCAUGUUUUAAAUGGCAGCUUAUUCCGUUUUUCUUGCCUUUUGUAUGAAAGAUGAGUCAGUUUGCUACUGUAGUUGGGAAUCACGAAACAGAAGCAGGCAAAGCGCCCUUUUUCAGUUCGAGCAGACAGCGUCAGAUACAGGUGGGGGAGGGGGGGUGUCCUGCAUUGGUUUUUAGUUUAUUUCAAGAAAGAUGUUAAUGUCAUGCCAUAUAAAUUAUUUAUAUUAAAAUUUUUAUUUUUGUAGUUUGUACAGAUUUUAGUAUCUAGACUGAAGUUCUAUUUUUAAAGAGUAAAUAUAUAUUAUAUAUAAAUAUAUCUAUUUGUUCCUGAGGUUAUUUUGUUUUUUUGCUUUUUUGGGGAUUGGGGAGGGGAACAACACAUUGGUGCGUAGGAGUGCAUGUGUUAGUGUGUAUGUAUGAGGGUGUGUGUGUGUUUGUGUGUGUGGAACAAAGGAGGCAAAUGGAGGAACAUGAAGGAGAAGGUGAAGAAAAAAAAAAAAGACACCACGUUUUUGGGUUUCCUCCUGGCCCUUUCUUCUUCAUUUUUAUUUCUUUUAAGAUGUCCUUGUCCACGUCUGAAACACUGUGAUUUCUGAAAACUAUGCUCAAGAGAACCCAUAUGUGACAGUUUAUAUUCCCUCACCUGCUAUAGAAAUUAAACUAACAAAAUAAAUUGAAUGAAAAAGUG